GUCAGCCCGGAAGAGCCAGAAUCUCAAGUGUAUUCAAACGAUAUUCAUGCCCUCAGUAUAAAGUGGCCUAUUGCCUUCAAACCUACGUUUCCAUCGCAAAUCGUUUUCUGUCCGACCAUCCAAGACUAGGGUCAUAAUUAUGAAGUUCUCAUUGUUAUGCCUCUUGGGGAUCUUGUCCUCCGCGAUUGCAAUCGGUCCAAUCCCUAUCACUCGUACUGGUCUUGCCGGCCUUGACGGAUUUACGUUUUACGAUCCCUACUGUGCUCAUGGCUGCUUCCGGUCCUUCUCCCCCUUCAAGCUACAAUGCUCCGCAACUAUAAGUCCAGGAGGCCACACGACCGCCGGCGAUGCUGCGCACAACCUCGCUGUGUGUCGAUCCUCUGACUUUCCGUUCUUGAGCUCCGUAGCAUGGUGUAUACAUCUAUACUGUCCUGACAACGUUCGGGCUUCAAGGAUCGAGAAGUUCUGGGAGACAGCUCUCACGGGAGAUAGCAGUGUUGUUCCAAAAUGGAGUUAUGGCGAAGUUUUGGCCAAUAUCACGGAGCCACCGACCAUGAUGACAAUGGACAUGGACAUGGUGUUGAAUAUGACAAUGCUCACAUCCUAUCACACCUGGCGCAUCACUCAAGAUACCCUCAUAUACUUCUUUCGCGAAACGGCUCUGGAAUCAUAUUUUGGCCUGAGCCUCUUGCUAGCAGCGUUCGCGUUGCCUCUGGUCCUGACAUGGCUAGACUACCUUCCUUUCAUGACUGGCGCACUUGAACGACUGAAGCCCUGGAUCUAUCCAAGCAUAGUGGGGACCUACCACAAUCGACCCCUCCCGUUUUUACUCGGUAAUGCGCCUACUGUGGGCCAAAGUCUUUAUAUUGCGGUGCUGUUCCUUCUGAAUAUUAUAUUCCUUGCGGUCGGCUACAAGACACUCUGGCCCCACGAAGAAUUUCAAUGGUACAAAAAUCAUUACCAAGAGCUCAUGGCUUACCUAAUGUGGCGCACUGGUGCUCUAGCCUUCUGUCAAAUGCCCGUGUUGUUCCUCUUCUCGAGUCGGAACAACAUUCUGCUGUGGCUGACUAACUGGUCUCACGAAACCUACAUGCUUCUACAUCGUUGGCUGGCCCGACUUUUCCUCCUGCAAACUCUUUUGCACUCAAUCAUUUCGUUGGUCUUGUAUCAGAAUGACGGAUAUUAUGUAUCGACGGUGGGAACGCCAUUGUGGAUCUGGGGCUGUGUUGGGUCAGUUGCUGCGGUCAUCAUCGUGCUCACAAGUGUGCUCAUUCUGCGUCAACGAGCCUAUGAGCUGUUCCUCAUCACUCAUGUUGUCAUGGCCGUGAUUUGCGUGGUCGCCUGCUGGUACCAUGUCUGGUACGAUGAUGAAGGAUGCUUUGGCUAUGCGACGUGGCUGUAUGCCACGUUUGCCGUUUGGUUCUUUGAUCGGAUGGUUCGUGUGGCCCGCGUGUUGAAGGCUGGCAUCCAGCGUGCCCAAGUGACCGAUAUCAACGCGACUAUUGCCCGCGUUGAUAUCCCAGGAGUCCGCUGGGCUGGACCAGGACACUGCGUAUAUAUUUAUUUUCCCACCCUCAGCCCCCUACGCCCUUGGGAGAACCAUCCAUUUUCUUUAAUCCCAACUCCAGUGCUCAGCAACAGUGCACACAGCAGCCAGACGACAGAGCAAGCCGAAGAAGAUUUGGAGAACAAGACAGCAACAAAUGUAGGCCACAAAGUAGUCCACAACGGCGGACUUUAUACAAACUCGGGUCUGACCUUGUUUGUCAGAAAGAAGAUCGGGAUGACCAGGUCCCUGAGAGCACAGAAAAAUCUCCUAGCCUUCGUCGAAGGGCCAUAUCCUACUAUUCCCACCAAGAAAAUCCUCCAAAGCGACCGGCUUCUCCUCAUUGGGGGUGGCAUGGGUAUCACAGGUCUUUUACCAUUCUUCUCGUGUCAUCCAAAUGUCAAGUUGUUUUACAGUGUCAAGGAAGGCGACAAAUGCAUGGUCGACUCACUGAGCACUGCGCUAGACCGAGUCCGAGAGAAGGAAAUCCGCAUCGGGCAGAGACUCGAUAUCGCCAGGUUGCUCGAGGUAGAGGCAAGCCUCGGAUGGUCCAAGGUCGCCGUGGUGGGCUGUGGGCCAGGGGAGAUGUGUGACCAUGUUCGAGCAGUCGUGGGCCGGCUCGGAAGGCAGAUGGCAGGGGAUUGUUCGUUCGAGCUUGAAAUAGAUGCAUUUUCCUGGUAACGAGUCGGGCUGGGAACAAACGACUAAACCACCUUGCGUCAUUCUGCAUGCCUGGGAGGAGUUUCACAAAGUCCAGCAAGCUUUCGUAGGCUUUCCGCGCCGCCUGUUUUCAGGAUUGUCGGGGUCCUCAGCAAGCAAUUCCGGCAACGUUCGGUGACGAAGUCAUCUAGUCGUUCGAUGAGAUCCCAGAUACGUCUUGAACGUUUGCGGCUUGGGCAUUUGCUCGCACAAUGACAGUUUUGUUUCAUUCCAGCACACUGAUAUCGAAAAGAGAUCUCUUGAUGGUCGGAUCCUUGUGAAGAGACGGAGGUUGGCCUGUCAUUCAGAGACGGAACAGAUGUUUUGUAUCAAUUUCCACUACGUGAAGACUUCCUGUCGUUUGGGAGCAUAAUCACACUAUUUGGAACGAUUGCUGGCCAUCCAGAUAAACUUUUCGAUUUCUCAGAUUCAUUUUUGCUCGUGUGCCUUAUGAAA